CUCUUUCAAGGAAGUUCAGCGUUUCAUAGGGACUGGACUUACUUGAUUUAGCCUUCACUCUGCAACUAUUUUUCAUGAAGUAGGCUGUUCGAUUGUCUUCGAUAAUAAAGGUCGCAUGCGAGCUCACAUGGUCUAACAAGGCCACUUUGGAUAAACUUGGUAAAUAGACGUUUUCAAAGUUUCUGUCUGGGCGUAAUUCUUCGCAGCAAGAUGUCUAUUCACAAUACCUCCACAUCAUACAGGACCGUCAGCGUCUCGUCGGACCCGGCCACCACAGUUCUAUCCUCGGGCCAAUACAUCGACGGUUACAGAACUAUGAGUGUUUCGUCUGCUCCGGUACAGUAUGGUAUCGGUAAUGGCUACGAGACCGUGCGCUACCUGAUGCCCGUACAGCAGCCGAUGCAGCAGCAGCAGAUGCAGUACGUACUGGUCAACCAGGCCCCUCAGGUUAUGCAGCAAAUGGUGUCACCUGUAUAUUUGCAGAGUAUGCAGAGGGUCAGCGUGAGUAGUUUGGAAGAAUCUGACAUCUACCGACAACAAAAUGUAGAGAAUAUCGAUGGGAAAACUCCUUCUGUCUUCAGCCAGACAUCUAGCUCCAUCAAGAGCCCUGAGCCUGGUGUCGGAGAGGAGGAAGAGGAGGAGGAAGAAGAAGAGGAGGAGGAGGAGGUGGAGGUAGAAGAGGCCAGUGUGGAGGAGAGGGUGGUGGAGAGGGUGAUAGAGAACGUGUCUCAGGUGAAGACAAAGUGCAAGGUGAGGGAGGUACAACCACUGGUGAAGAUGGACACACGUUUCUUUGGAGAGCUGCUGGCGGAGGUUUAUAGGAAGAACUGUGACAUCCACACGUGCAUCUCAGAACACGUGGCCAAGAUACGCGGACGGAAACACCUCCUGGACCCCAGCAACGACUACAAGAUGGAGAGAGAGGACAUCGAGGACUUGAUCCCCAAAGGAGCAUCUGAACUGACCAAACAGCAGAUCCGUUACCUGCUGCAGACCCGUAUGACAGCUGACAAGACAAUGCGUCUCCUGCUGACCACCUUCAGCAGCCUGAGGGAGGAGCUGAUCCACAUGUCAGAGGACCUGAGGCGUCUGGAGAGUGAGAAGGAGACCCUGGAGAGAGACUUAAGCUUCAAGGCUGACCAGGCUGAGCAGUAUGACCGCCUCCUAGAGGCUGUACGAGAGAACAACAGACAGCUACAGAUAUCUCUGAAGGAGAGCAGCUCCAGCCAGCGCACCCUGGAGACUCAGAUCCUGAGCAGCCACAGUACAGACUCAGGCAGGGAGUUCCGCAUCAGAGAACUGGAGGGCAGCUACCGAGCCCUGGAGAAGGAGAACGAGAUGCUCAAACAGAAGCUGGCCGGUCAGUGCAGCAGUAGCACCAUUCAGUUUAAGACAGAGGAGCUGUCACGUCAGUACUCGGAGCAGCUAGCUGCUCUGCGCCAGGAGAAGGACAAGGAACUGCAGAGCCUCAGGACCCAGCUGACACGGAUCACCACGGAGUACACCACGGAGAGAUCAGGUGACAAGAGCCUGCAGCUCCGCAUCACACAGCUGCUGACAACACUGGAGCAGCGGGAGAUCGUCAUCAAACGUCAGGAAGAGGAGAUCUGGCGGCUGCAGCAGAAGAAGAGCGACAGUGCCAAGAAUGUCACCACAACCACUAUCACCAAAAGGUACAGUAACCAGUACCCCCUCCUGGGCCUGCUGAGUGAUGACUUCCAAUCUUCAUUGCCCGUCAAGGAUGCCAAGACCAUCGUCAUCGAGAGCCGGACAGGGGAGAUUAUCAAACAGGUAGAGUAGAGCAGAACAUCAUUUCAACCCCUUAAAGAGGCUGCUUCUCUCUGCUCCGCACAGGAAUGAACGACAAGAAGACCCUGAUGUUCCGCCUCCCUCCUACACUCCGUCCGUCCCUCCACUUCCCCCCCCCCUGCAGCUGCCGUCUCCCUCUUCCUCAGGGCUGCCAGGGUGGUGGUGGUGGUAGGGUCAACACCCCUAUAUUUGGGAUGAGUGGUUUGGAACAAAUGGGGUUGCUUAGACGAGAGGCUUCACUUUGGUUGGGAUAGGGACACCAAAUACUCAACGACCAAAUAUGUUGUAGUAGAAGCUUUUGCUACAGUCACGAGGGCUAGGGAGGGGACAGGGAAGAGGGGGUUGGAGCUUAUUAGUGUGCAGCGAUCUAGUCCUCUGUCCUCCAUGGAGCCAGCACCACCCUGCUAAUCUUGGGGACAACUCCUCUAAAGGCGUUAUGGUUACUUUGCAUGUAAAUAAGUUGGCUAAAUAUGCUUUAAUUAUGCGCUAAUUAAAAAGACUAUGGUGAAACUCGCUUUGGCAGACAUUUAAUAAAAAUGGCAACCUCUGUUCUGGUCUUUUGCUAUUCUUUUGUGGCAAGGUAAUGGUACAUAACUGUGAUAUGUUUUAGAUUAAUUUGGUUUCAUGUUUAAACCUUAAGAGGUGCAUGGGUUUGUUUUGAUUGAGGGGUUAUCUGAAUGGAAUGCUGUGCUUGGGGUUGGGGGUUGUAUGAGACUAUGAAUGACUGGGUUGGACAUGGACUGGUGCAUGGUUCUAUGGGUAAUAUACCAUAGUGGAUGACCUGGUCAUUUUAGAAGCACAAUAAACACUGUAUGGAGUACUAUGUUUUUCCUUCAAUUGUUUUCUGCUGAAGUUCUCUUUAAUGUGCUCUCACAUUUAAAGUCAGUCUGUUCUUCUCUAUUUAGGCCUUAACCUCUGCUUUUUAGAACUGUGAUUAAAAUGUACAAUUUAACGUCA